GUCAAACAGCAAAAUGUAUGCCAAAGCUAUCGUGUCUUUCGCUUUCCUAGCUGUGGCGGUUGCUAAUGUGCAGCCCCAAGUAGACCUCCAGAUGCCUAUCAGCCCCCGUUUAUCUCCGUUUGAGACUCGUGUGAUUGGAGGUUCCGCGGCACCGGUAGGACGUUAUCCAUACAUAGUUUCUCUUCAAAGUCGCGGACAACACUUUUGCGGAGGAUCCAUAUUGAACAAUAGAACAAUUAUAACAGCAGCACAUUGUGUUGACACAAAUAAGAAUCCAGGUCUUCUUACUGUCAAAGCUGGAAAGUCCAUUAUUAACACUAAGGAGGCAACUGAACAAACAGUUAGUGUGCAAAAAAUACACGUACAUGAAAAAUAUAAAGGUGGCGUUGGCCCAUAUGACAUAGCUAUACUUAAGCUUAAAACUCCAUUAAAAUUGAACGAUAACGUACGAGCUAUCGUAUUACCACAAGCAAACAGUGAACCAACUGGCGUGGCUUGGCUUAGUGGAUGGGGCUCUAUUUCGACUACUAAAGUUCCAAAAAUGCCAACUAAACUUCAACAUGUUCAGAUGCAGUACGUCGAUCGCAAAACUUGCGACAAGGCCCUCAGUAAACUGAUGCGAACUUCUCGUUCUGGUGUUCAUGAAACCAAUAUUUGCACUGGGCCAUUGAACAAACAAAUUUCUGCAUGCUACGGUGAUUCCGGUGGUCCACUUAUCUCCUAUGUAGGAGGAAAACCGGUGAUCAAUGGAAUUGUAUCCUGGGGUAUUAACCCGUGUGGUACUCCAGGCGCGCCAUCCGUAUACACUAGGGUAUCCAGUUUUAAUAAUUGGAUUACGCAGAAAGCUCGAAAUUGAUGAUGGCAAUAUUGACGAUCGACAUAUGAUUGUGUAAUACUAAAUA